GCUUGUGAAUACUGGUGUUCACAUAUUAUUGGAUUAUGCGAGUGUGUGAAGUAAAUACCUCCUUGAAAAGUAUGUGAUAAAUACGAGUGCAUAGCUACUUUCAAAAUUAUCAUGGACAAUCAGGAAAAAAACACAUUUGGGCAAAAUACGGCUCACAUCUCGUGUCUAUACCCAGAGAUCUUAGCCCUGAUUUUCAGCUACCUAAAUGUACGGGACAAGGGACGAGCGGCGCAAGUCUGUGCGGCCUGGAGGGAGGCGACUUUCCACAAAUCCGUCUGGCGCGGAGUAUGUGCACGGUUGCACCUGCGGCGAUCUAACCCCUCCUUGUUUCCAAGUUUAGUACGUCGAGGUAUCCAUCGAAUACAAGUUCUUAGUCUGCGAAGAAGCCUCCGCGAUGUGGUUUUAGGUGUGCCAAACUUGGAGUCUUUAAAUUUAAGCGGGUGCUACAACUUGGGCGACUCGUGGCUCAGCCAUGCAUUGGUUCACGCUAUGCCAUCUCUGACGGAGUUGAAUCUCAGUAUGUGUAAACAAAUCACGGAUUCGAGUUUAGGACGUAUUGCUCAACACCUUCAGAAUUUGGAAUUUUUAGACUUGGGUGGGUGUUGUAACAUUACUAACACAGGGUUACUUUUAGUGGCCUGGGGACUCAGGCGACUUCGUAGUCUGAACCUACGCAGUUCUCGACAUGUAUCCGACACAGGAAUUGGUCAUCUAGCCGGUUUAACGCCCGAGGCAGCUGAUGGAACGUUAGCCUUAGAACAUUUGGGACUUCAGGACUGCCAGAAACUUACUGACGACGCCCUGAAGCACAUGAGUCUUGGCCUUCAUCGCCUAAAGAGCAUCAAUCUAAGUUUUUGUGCGAGUAUAACUGAGGUGGGCCUGAAGAACUUAGCGCGAAUGUCCGAACUACGCGAGAUAAAUAUAAGCAGCUGCGACAACAUCUCUGACGUGGGCAUGGCUUUCUUGGCCGAGGGCGGCUCGCGUUUAACAACUCUGGACGUCAGUUUCUGUGACAAGGUGGGGGACCAAGGAUUGCUUCACAUCUCCCAAGGACUCUUCAAUCUACAUAGCCUCAGCCUUAAUGCCUGCCCUAUCAGUGACGAAGGUUUAAGUCGUAUCGCGCGCACAUUAUCAGACCUUCACACCUUAAACAUUGGUCAGUGCUCCCGAGUGACCGAUAAAGGUCUCAGUCUUAUUGCUGACCACCUUCAUCAGCUCCGAAGUAUCGACUUGUACGGUUGUACCAAGAUCACCACAGUGGGGCUAGAAAAACUCAUGCAGCUUCCCUGGCUUUCCGUCUUAAAUUUAGGUUUGUGGCAAAAAGGUACCAGUGACGAAAGCUUUAAAACGUUAAAGCCUGUUAGUGAUAACUAAACGUUUGUGUGUGUGUACGUGUUUUAUGCAUAUAUAGUACAUAUAUAUAAAAUAUAUAAUUACAAAUGUAUAUGUAACGAUAAAUAACCUUACUAUCUGAUACACAACCGUUAUUAUAAAACCUAGCGAAAGAAGGUUUUAUUUAACGUUAAGUGAUCAACCACCCCAAUAGAACUUAGAACGAAAGUAAGGUUGGUUAGAAUAAGUCUUUCUGAUCGUAAUCCUGAAUAUUUGAGUUAUAAAUAAUGGAUAUGUGUUGAGCAUUGAACGGUUCUUUGGUUUUUAGAGAUCGACCCACAUGAAAAUUAUGAUGGAGAUGCUCUUGCAGGUGAGCAUACUGCUAUGUCUGUUAUACCGUUAUCAUUUCUUAAUAUUUCUGUUCUUAACCUUCAAUUAUUGACAUAUCUAAGUUCUAUAAUAUCAUCAGAUUUAUAACAUACAAACAUGGACAUUAAAAACACACGAAAUUUCAUAAUGCAAUUGUAGAAAAAAAGUAUUAUUUAAGGUCUUGGAAAUAACUGUACUAGUACUGUACUUUAGUUUCAUGUCUCUUGAUCAAAAACAGGUUAAUGAUAGAUACAACAUUUAUCAACUUUUACUAGUUUUAGGCUUCUAGUUCUAUCGUUGAAUUUUCAAAACUAUAGAAACAUUAGAUUUUGCUAAAGACAUAUUUUAAUGAUGAGAAAAAUUAGUGCUUUAGUUAUGUAUCGGGAAGGAAAUGUGGUAUUACCUCAUGAUAUGGCAAAAGAUAAGAAAUGAGUGUAGAGACUAUCCAGGAUACUAUCAUAUUUAGGCGUCUCUUUGAUACUUCGGUAACAAGAAAUCUGUUGCAAAGUCCAGUUUAAAUUAUUUUGUACAAAAUAUUUUUUGUAUUAUAAAAGAUUAUUGCUUAAUACUUUAUGUGAUGUAAAAUAUUUCGAAAGUACAGUUAUUUCUCAUCCUGUUUUGAAAUGUGGAUCUUAGUGCCUAAUUCAAUUAAGUAUAUUAUUCUAGAUGUACUUCCGCAAGGUCCCCGAAAGUGUUUUGUUUCAAGAGUAAAUAAUACCCAAAUUAAGAGUA